UCGCGGUCCCUUCGGUCCCCUGCCGUCGCCUCUCUCUUUCGUCCCCAUCAGUUUCAUCUCUCUCUCAGAUCAAAGCGGCGCGCGGGCGAUUCUCCAUUGAAAAAAACAAUGGAGGACGUCUGCGAGGGCAAGGACUUCUCGUUCCCAAAACAAGAGGAGCAAAUCCUAGACCUCUGGGAGUCGAUCCAAGCCUUCAAGACCCAGCUGAAGCGCACCGAGUGGGGAUCGUCACCAGGUACGUGGCUGAGUGGGAGGAGGUCAUUACGAGGACGGGGAGGUGGAUCGACUUCAAGAAUGAUUAUAAGACGAUGGACCCGAGUUUUAUGGAGAGCGUCUGGUGGGUUUUUGCUCAGCUUUAUGACAAGGGAUUGGUGUACAGGGGUUUCAAGGUUAUGCCUUACAGUACAGGUUGCAAGACUCCUCUUGCCAAUUUUGAAGCUGGGCUCAACUACAAGGAAGUGUCAGAUCCGGCAAUUAUGGUGUCUUUCCCUUUAAUUGGGGACCCAGACAAUGCUGCUCUUGUCGCAUGGACAACAACCCCAUGGACGCUUCCCAGUAAUCUUGCACUCUGUGUCAAUGCAGGUUUCCAAUAUGUUAAGGUUAGGGACAAGUUGACUGGUGCAACAUAUAUUGUUGCAGAAUCUCGGCUUUCCCAGCUACCUGUAAAGAAACCAAAAGGAGAUGGGUCGAGCUUGAAGCAAAGCUCAGCAAACUCAAAGCCUAAGAGCAAGGACACUCCAGAUGGAAAAACUAAGUGCACAGUGGAUACUGGAUCAUAUGAAGUGUUGGAAAAAAUUUCAGGCGCUUCCCUUGUGGGCAUGAAGUAUGAAGCUUUGUUCGACUAUUUCAAAGAGUGCGCAGACAUGGCAUUUAGGGUGGUUGCUGAUGAUUAUGUCACAGAUGAUAGUGGGACUGGGGUUGUCCAUUGUGCUCCUGCAUUUGGUGAAGAUGAUUAUCGUGUUUGCAUUGCUUCUGGUAUAGUACGUAAGGAUGAGGAGCUCAUAGUUGCAAUUGAUGCUGAUGGACGCUUUAUUGAAAAAGUAUACGAUUUUCAAGGACGCCAUGUCAAGGAUGCUGAUAAGGACAUCUUAAAUGCUGUGAAGGCAAAAGGAAGACUUGUAAAUUCAGGAAGCAUUAUGCAUUCUUACCCAUUUUGUUGGAGAUCUGAAACUCCACUCUUGUAUAGGGCUAUUCCGAGUUGGUUUGUGGCGGUUGAAAAGAUUAAAGAUAAAUUGCUUGAGAGUAACAAACAGACGUACUGGGUUCCUGAUUAUGUUAAGGAAAAGCGUUUUCACAAUUGGCUUGAAAAUGCUAGAGACUGGGCUGUGAGCAGAAGUAGGUUUUGGGGAACUCCUCUACCUGUAUGGAUUAGUGAGGAUGGUGUGGAGAAAGUUGUAAUUGAUUCGAUUGAUAAACUUGAAAAGUUGUCUGGUGCAAAGGUUACUGAUCUGCACCGUCAUCACAUUGAUCAUAUCACUAUUCCCUCUAAUCGUGGUCCUGAAUUUGGUAUGCUUCGGCGUGUUGAUGAUGUUUUUGAUUGCUGGUUUGAGAGUGGCUCUAUGCCAUAUGCUUAUAUUCACUAUCCAUUCGAGAACGUUGAACUCUUUGAGAAGAACUUUCCUGGACACUUUGUUGCCGAGGGCCUUGACCAAACUCGUGGAUGGUUUUACACUCUUAUGGUGCUCUCUACGGCUUUGUUUGGAAAACCUGCCUUCAGGAAUCUGAUCUGUAAUGGUCUUGUCCUGGCUGAGGAUGGGAAAAAAAUGAGCAAAAGGUUGAAGAACUAUCCCUCACCUAUGGAAGUUAUAGGUGAAUAUGGUGCUGAUGCAUUGCGAUUAUAUCUAAUUAAUUCACCUGUUGUGCGUGCGGAAUCUCUGAGGUUCAAGAAAGAUGGUGUAUAUGGUGUUAUCAAAGAUGUCUUCCUUCCCUGGUAUAAUGCCUAUAGAUUCCUUGUUCAAAAUGCAAAAAGACUUGAGAUUGAGGGCUCUGCACCAUUUAUACCUAUUGACCGCCAAGCUCUCCAACUCUCUUCAAAUGUUCUUGACCAAUGGAUUAACUCUGCUACUGGAAGCCUUGUUCGCUUUGUUCGCCAGGAGAUGGAGGCAUAUCGAUUAUACACGGUGGUACCGUAUCUUUUGAAAUUUAUUGACAACCUUACAAAUAUAUAUGUGAGGUUCAACCGCAAGAGACUGAAGGGACGUACUGGGGAAGAAGACUGUAGAACAUCACUCUCAACACUUUACCAUGUGCUCUUAACCACCUGCAUUGCAAUGGCUCCAUUUACACCAUUCUUCACAGAGGCUCUCUAUCAAAAUUUAAGAAAGGCUUUUCAUUCAUCUGAGGAAAGCAUUCACUACUGUAGUUUCCCUUCUGCUACUGGGAAGAUAGAGGAGCGCAUUGAACAAAGUGUUACUAGGAUGAUGACUGUCAUUGAUCUUGCUCGCAAUAUCCGAGAGCGUCAUAAUAAGCCUCUCAAAACGCCACUUAAGGAGAUGAUUGUUGUCCAUCCUGACGCUGGCUUUCUUGAGGACAUUGCCGGAAAACUAAAAGAGUAUGUGAUGGAGGAACUUAAUGUAAAAUCAGUGGUUCCAUGCAGUGAUCUAUUAAAGUACGCGUCUCUGCGUGCCGAGCCUGAUUUUAGUGUACUUGGUAAAAGAUUGGGAAAGGCUAUGGGAUUAGUUGCCAAGGAGGUCAAAGCUAUGUCACAAGCUGACAUCUUAGCUUUUGAGAAGUCUGGUGAAGUUACCUUUUCUGGGAACUGUUUGAAGUCAACUGAUAUCAAGGUCUUGCGGGAGUUCAAACGUCCUGCUGAUGUUACAGAAAAAGAAAUAGAUGCUGCAGGAGAUGGUGAUGUCUUGGUGAUCUUGGAUUUGCGAGCUGAUGAAUCACUGUAUGAGUCUGGAAUUGCUCGUGAGGUCAUCAACAGAAUCCAGAAAUUGCGCAAGAAAGCUGGCCUGGAACCUACUGAUAUUGUUGAGGUUUAUUAUGAACCUUUGAACGAUGACAAGCAUGUUUUGACGAAUAUUGUGAAAUCACAGGAGCAAUACAUCAGGGAUGCACUAGGAUCUCCUUUGCUUCAGCAUACUAUGGCUCCUGAUUAUGCUGUUGUAUUGUGCGGUGAGGAGUUUCAGGGAGUAUCAGGACUUUCAUUUUCUAUCAACAUAGCAAGGCCUGCUCCAGUGUUUGUUUCUGAUGCCAUUCUUGAUUUAUAUAAUGGGAACAAAAAGCUGGCUGAAGAUUUGGAAACGUACUUGUUAUCUAGGGAUCUUUUGAAACUGAAAUCAAAGUUUCAAGUUGGAAACGGCAAGAUCAAAGUAAAUUGCAUCGUGGAUCAUCCUGCGGUUGAGAUUGAAGUGGGGAAACAUUUAUUUCUGAGCGUUGGCGAUUACUUCUUGAGCAGAGCAGAAAAUUUUCAUCAGUAGAAGCCCGACUUUUGAAUUUAGGAUACAAGGAGAGGAGAAAUGGCAUGGCCAUCUUAGCCACGUAACAGUUCAUGUCAUAUAUUCUAUCCACUACAUUCAAACUUACACGAUUCUUAUUAAUACAUGAAUCAACUAAAGUAAAGAAGAAAGUGGGAACAGAGAAGAUGGUGAUAAUAGUGACGAUGAUGAUACGCAAAUGGUUAUGUUGUUUUUUUAUUAAUGCAUUAUUAUGAUAAUUUCCGAUACUGUUUAAAUUGUAUAUGACUAAAGCAUUUAACGUUUAUAGAACAAAUUUUUUUUUGCCCCCA